CUUUCGCCUCAAAUGACCUUCAAAUGGAUAAAGGAAGCUGCCUUGGUCGUGUUCCAUACAACUCGGUGAUUGGUUUCAUCUUAGUACUUGUUGGAGGUGGUGUUUUGUGUGGUACAAUUUAUUCUGGAAUCUCACGUAUCGAUACAUACUUUCGGUUGUAUUUUUUUCCUGUUUACUCUUUACCCUAUCUAAGAAUUGCUGCAGUUGUAAAUGGUGCUGUAGCUGUACUACUCGCUUUUCUUAUACUAAUUUUCUCAACACUUGUGAAUAAUGCCACUCGUGGCCGCAUCUAUCGUGGUGAUCGCUACAUUAUGGGUGGGCGUUGUUCAGCGGCGUUGUUUAUGUGCACCACAUAUUUAACCAUAAUUGUAUGGUUAAUAUUUUUAGCAUUCCUUGUUGUUCCUACAUUUUGUUGGGCAAUGUUCAAUUCCAUUUGUACUGCUGAAUUAGCUGAUGUUUGGCAUGGACCAGGUGCACGACGUCCUGGCCCUGAUGGUCGUGUUGCUCCCUCACUGUCAGAAUUACGAGAUCGUAAAGAUUAUCUAGCAGAAACGUAUACAGCUCGUCUUGCUUAUUAUUAUCAUCAAAAUCUUAAUUUUGGUUAUAAUCCUUCUGAUUCACAGAAUGGUUUCAGGUCUCCUUUUGUUAAUUUGGGAAAUUCAGUCAACAUGCCGAAUUAUCACGCCAAUCGUUAUUAUUCUCCUGACUUUAAUUAUAUUUUUAACUUAACACAUUAUGGUGUUUAUAUUAAACCGUGGAUGUAUGAUGAAUCAUUGAAUUAUCGUGAAGCUAUUACUUCUCUAAAUGAAUUUGCAAGAUUUUGUGAUGAAGUAAUGAUAGUGGGACCACUUUUCGCUUGUUCACUUGGUGGUGCUGUUUUCGUUCUACUUGGUUUGACUCUAUUUGUUGGCUCAUUGUCUGCGUAUUAUACUCGAUUAAAAUUAACAAAAGAAUUGACCGAUUUCAAACAGAGUAUCGCAUUGAGAUCACCUAAAAAUCAUGAUCCAACUGCUUAUUUUUAAAUAACCGAAAUUUCUUACAAUACUACUGUUACUAUAAUUAUUGUUACUACCAUUAUUGUUAUUACUAUUGUUAUUGUAUAACAAUCUCGGUGUUGUAGACAUUCAAUGAAGAAGGAAAAACGUAGUACACUGAUAUGAUUGUAAUUAGUUGGUUAUUAUUUUUUUGCAAGCAAAUCGAUUAAACGAAUGCAUUUUCUCAAUAGAUGAUAAAAAAAGAAGCAAUCAACACACACACACACAGGCAGAGGGAGGAGGCAAUGUGAGAUUGGGAAGAGACAAAUUGAGGAGGAAACAGAGCAAUCGAUUAUUUUUCACAAGUCUCUGUGUGUGUGUGUACACUGUGUCAAUUUUGUCUUAUUCUACACACACACACACACACACAAACUUGACAAUGUGUGUGUGUGUGUUGCUUUCAAUCUAUUGUCUGUGUUUAUUGUGCAUUUUGUGCUUCAUCUGUUAUUUAUUCUCUGUUGUUAAAUAAAUAAAUCUGUACGAAUGUAUGCUUCGGGGGGAAAAACAAACGUGUACUUAUUAAUUUGACAAGACCUUUUUUCUUACUCAGCCGUGUUCCCUAUCACAG